UGUGUACUUGUAUCGGCUAAAGCUAAGCUACCCCUCCAGCCCUCCUGCUCUUGAAGUCUUGAACAGAGAGCACCCAGUCCAGACAGCCAAAGUCUUUUAUUUUUAUUUUUUUUUCUUUCGUUAAAAGCCGAUCACUCUCAGUGACUUGUUGAUGCUGAUGCUCGAACAACGCUGCAAACAUCCUUUCUCCCUUCCUCUUUCUCCUUUGUGCAUGAGCAUAUCCCUGUCUAAUUCAGCCCCAAUUACCAUGAAGAAAGGCAGUAUUGGAGAACCCAUCGUCCAAAUCUGCAAAAUUAGGGAACCCAUCUCCGAAUAUGUUCAUCUCAUGCUCUUCUUCCUGCUAUUGACCUUCCUCACAGUCACAGCGGCCACAACCACGACCACGAUGACCACCGCCAAAACAACAACGACGACGACGACGACGACGACAAGUGCUCCUUUUUCUUCUUCUGACAAAAGAUACCUUCCUCCUCUUCCUAUUUUGCCCAUCCCCUCGGCUCCCCAGCUUUCAUGGCAACUGGGGGACAUGGCUCUCUUCCUCCAUUUUGGCACCAACACUUUCACUGAUUCUGAAUGGGGUACCGGUCACGCCAAUCCCUCCAUCUUCAACCCAACCCGCCUCGACGCCCGCCAAUGGGUCCGCGUCGCCAAGGAUGCUGGCUUCUCCCGCGUAAUUCUCACUGCCAAGCACCAUGAUGGCUUCUGUCUCUGGCCCUCCUCCUACACCGAUUACUCUGUUCGGUCCAGCCCCUGGAAGAACGGCACCGGUGACGUUCUGGCUGAAUUAGCUGACGCCGCGAGGGAAGCAGGUAUUGGAUUGGGCGUCUAUCUCUCACCCUGGGAUCGUCACGAGACAUCUUACAGGAAGACUUUGGAGUACAACGAAUUUUAUAUGGGGCAGAUGUCUGAAUUACUCACCAGAUAUGGGGAGAUUAAGGAAGUGUGGUUGGAUGGUGCUAAAGGGGAAGGAGAGAAGGACAUGGAAUACUUCUUUGAUUGUUGGUUUAGCUUCAUUCAUCAACUCCAGCCUGGGGCUGUCAUAUUCUCUGAUGCUGGUCCUGACACCAGGUGGGUUGGGGAUGAGGCUGGUGUUGCUGGUUCUACUUGCUGGUCCCUAUUCAAUCGAAGUUCUGCCAAGAUUGGUGACACUGAUCCCCAGUAUUUACGUGGAGGAGAUCCAUUUGGGCAUGAUUGGGUUCCUGCAGAGUGUGAUGUGUCUAUCAGGCCUGGUUGGUUUUGGCAUGCUUCAGAGGUCCCAAAAUCUGCAAUUACUUUGCUUGACAUUUACUACAAGUCUGUAGGACGGAAUUGUCUCUGGUUAUUAAAUAUCCCACCAAAUUCAUCAGGCUUGAUAUCAGAUGAAGAUGUUCAAGUGCUUCAAGAAUUUAACAGACUACGACAAACCAUAUUCUCCCAUAACUUAGCUAAGAAUGCUAUUGUUAAUGCCAGUAGCACCCGGGGAGGUUUUGGUGAUUCUCAGUUUGGUCCACUCCAUGUUCUUGAAGAAAGUAUUUACACUUACUGGGCUCCUGAGGAAGACCGUUCUGAUUGGAUAAUAUACCUUGACUUGGGGGAAAUAGUACCAUUCAACAUGAUCCAAGUUCAGGAGCCAAUUCACAUGGGCCAGCGGAUAAUGGCAUUCCAUCUUGAUGUUCAGACUGGAGACGGGGAGUGGCAGACAGUAAUAAAUGGCACUACCGUGGGAUAUCGGAGGCUGCUUCUGUUUCCAAGAGUUCAAUCACAGUGGCUGAGGUUUGUCAUUGAUAAGUCCCGGGCAGAGCCACUGAUUUCGUUUCUGGGGAUUUACCUAGACCCGUUUUCGGUUGUGAAUGAUGCAUCUAAUACAAGCUCACCACCAUUCAAUGGUAGCCAUGUUGUUCAAUUGACAGCUUACAAUCAUUCUCUCAUUUCCACAACUUAGCUUCUGAGUUGGAAGUUCCCUUGAACAUGGGAAAUCCCAAAUAGAAUGCUUGUUUUUGCCAAUCAUCAUAUAGACUGGAUGGCUGUUUCCUCAUGAUGUCAGAAAAUGAUAGUUUUCUUUGCCUCGGGGGUGAAUAUGGAGUAAUAUUACUUGAUUCCAAACCAUUAGUUGCAGCAAGAUUGCGUUGCUAUCUGUUCAUUGCUCAGAGGUCGUGGAUUUGUACAGACAUUUGUUGAUCAUUCCUGGGAAGGCAGUACCCUUGUAGUAGUAUUUGUUCUUUUCUAAUUAAAAAAAAAAAUCCUCAGCACACUGUAAAUAGAACCAAACUUCUAUUCCUCUUGCUUAUUACCUUUUUCCAGUAAUUUUCCUAGCUUAUAGACACUUGUUCUGCUAAGUUUAUCUAUGGUUAUCGUUUAGCUUUCUUUCAGCA